AUGGAAAGACUUUUUGAUCUAGCUCGAGUACCCCAAGUUGACAAAGUACGGCUAGCAAUAUACUUGUUGAGGGAGGAUGCUAGCUAUUGGUGGGAUACUAUGGCGGCCAUCCAUGGAGUAGACACAAUGACUUGGGAACAUUUUCGAAACUUGUUGGAAGAAAGAUACCUUACAACUGCCUUAAAAGAUGAAAAAGCAAGAGAAUUCACCUACCUAAGGCAGAAAAAGAUGCUGAUGGAAGAGUUUAUUCGAAAAUUUAAUGAACUCUCAAGAUACGCCCCCCACAUGGUCUGUACGGAUGAAUUAAAAAUCAAGCAUUUCAAAAAUGCUAUUCAUCCUGACAUCCGUAAAGAUCUCGAAGUAGCAGACUUGGAGGGAGCUUCUUUUUCCAAAGUAGCUGACAAAGCCUUGAAGAUCGAAAGGGCAAUACUGAUGCAAGAACGGGAGAAAGAAGCUGAAUUCAGAAGACAGGGCGCAAAGAACUUCCGAAAUCGACAAAAUAACAAUUUCAUGAAAGGUGGUCCAAGUCAGAAAAGUAGUGACAAGAAGCGGCCUAACCAGUGGAGUUUCAACAACAACAACAACAACAAGAGAGGAAAGGAGCAGUCCCAAGAAAAGUCAGGAUUUCCUCAAUGCCCCAAAUGUAACAGAUAUCAUCCUGGUGAAUGUCGGGUUGGUACUAACACUUGCUACAUAUGCGGGAAGCCGGGACACUUUGCAAGGGAAUGUUCCAACCGUAAUGAACAAUAUAAAGGAGGAGAGGAAAAGAAAACAAAUGGCAGAGUCUUUGCCUUGACUCGAGAAGAAGCGGAAGCAAGUCCAUCCACAGUAAUCUCAGGUCAGCUCCUUUUCAAUAAUGUCCCUGCAUCAGUAUUAGUUGAUUCUGGAGCUACACACUCAUUUGCAUCAGUGCAUUUAGUUGAUAGACUGAACGGAUUACCUGUUGAGAUGGAUACAAUUUUUAGUGUAGCACUACCCUCCGGGGAAGUGCUAUACUCAACUCAUUGGUAUAAGACUAUACCAAUUACAAUCAAUGACAGGGAACUAUAUGUUAACCUGAUCAUUAUCGACAUGAAGGACUAUGACGUCAUUUUAGGAAUGGAUUUCCUAACAACGUAUAACGCUAGAAUCGACUGUAGUAAGAAAGAAGUCGUUUUUGCACCGGUUGGAGAAGAAGAAGUUCAUUUUCAAGGGAAAGAGAAGCGAACCCCUUCACCAAUGAUUUCUGCAGCAAAGGCCAGGAAAUUAUUAGCAAACAGAUGCACCGGAUAUCUAGCAACGAUUUGUGACGUCUCGAAAGAGAAGCUUGCGCGACCUGAAGACGCUCAUAUUGUACGCGAAUUCAUGGAAGUAUUUCCAGAAGAUCUUCCUGGAAUUCCUCCAGAUCGUGAAAUUGAGUUUGAGAUCGAGUUGUUACCUGGUACAACUCCGAUUUCAAAGGCUCCUUACCGCAUGGCACCUGCCGAACUGAAGGAACUAAAGACUCAACUGGAGGAACUUUUGGAAAAGAAGUUUAUAAGACCCAGUCAUUCACCGUGGGGAGCUCCAUCAGAAAAAGAACAUGAGGAACAUCUAAGACGUACGCUGGAAACUCUCAAAAAGGAACAACUGUAUGCCAAAUUCAAGAAGUGUGAAUUUUGGCUCGACAAGAUUAACUUUUUGGGACAUGUUGUAUCAAAAAGUGGGAUUUUGGUGGAUCCAGCUAAGGUGGAAGCAGUAAAAGAAUGGUCCCAGCCAAGGAAUGCAACUGAAAUAAGAAGUUUUCUGGGCUUAGCUGGAUAUUAUCGACGAUUCAUAGAAGGGUUUUCCAAAAUUGCAACCCCACUUACGGCGCUCACUAGAAUGAAUAGUCGAUUCAUAUGGACGGAAGCUUGUGAGAAGAGUUUUAGGGAAUUAAAGAAUCGACUAACUAAUGCCCCAGUCCUCACCAUCCCGAAUAGUACAGACGAGUUUGAAAUUUUCUGUGACGCUUCAAAGAUGGGAUUAGGAGCGGUGUUGAUGCAAGAAGAAAGAGUAGUAGCUUACGCCUCCAGACAAUUAAAGGAUUACGAGAAGAACUACCCCACACAUGAUCUAGAGUUAGCUGCGUCGACUCUGCUGGAGGAAAUAAAAGAAGGUCAAGAAUCAGAUCCUCACCUGACCGAGGUCAAAGCAGAAGUCAAAGAAGAAAAAGUGAAGAAUUUUAAUGUUUCUGACGCAGGAAUAUUAAAAUUUAAUGAAAGAAUUUGCGUACCUGCAAGAGAGGACAUUAAGAAAAAGAUUAUGAAUGAAGCCCAUAAUACUCCAUACACGGUACACCCAGGCUCAACAAAGAUAUACAGAAGUUUGAAGGAACACUUUUGGUGGCCUGGCAUGAAGAAAGACAUAGCCCAAUAUGUAGCUCGAUGCCUUACUUGCCAGAGGAUUAAGGCAGAACAUCAACGACCUGGAGGAGAACUGCAGCCUUUGGAAAUACCAGAAUGGAAAUGGGAGCAGAUUGCAAUGGACUUCGUUAUUGGACUUCCACGAACAAGCAAAGGAUAUGAUUCAAUAUGGGUCAUCAUCGACCGAUUAACAAAGUCGGCUCAUUUCCUUCCGGUAAAGGUGACGUACACAGGGGACCAGUUAGCGGAAGCUUAUGUGCAAGAGAUAGUACGAUUGCAUGGAAUUCCAAUUUCCAUAGUGUCAGAUAGAGACUCAAAAUUUACCUCGAAGUUUUGGCAAAGCUUGCACAAGGCUAUGGGGACAAGAUUGAAAUUUAGUACAGCUUUCCACCCACAAACAGAUGGUCAAACAGAAAGGACUAUACAGACUCUUGAAGAUAUGCUAAGAGCGUGUGUCCUGGACUUUGAAGGAUCGUGGAGUAAAUAUUUACCGCUGAUUGAAUUUGCCUAUAACAACAGUUAUCAGGAAACCAUAGGGAUGGCACCCUAUGAAGCGUUAUAUGGGCGGAAGUGUCGAUCUCCUAUCCAUUGGCAUGAAGUGGGUGAAAGAAAGUACAUAGAGCAACAAACUGGACCAGAUAUGGUGACGUCGACAACGGAAGCCAUUCGAAAAAUUCAACAGAGGAUAGCAACAGCCCAAAGUCGACAAAAGUGCUAUGCAGACAAACGAAGAAGACCAUUAGAGUUCCAAGUCGGAGAAAAAGUAUUUCUGCGGAUAACACCAAUGAAAGGUGUUAUGAGAUUUGGACAAAAAGGGAAAUUGAACCCAAGGUUCAUUGGACCUUUUGAAAUACUAGACCGAAUUGGAAAAGUGGCCUAUAAAUUGGCACUGCCACCAGAGUUGUCGGAUGUACAUGAUGUAUUCCAUGUGUCUAUGUUGAAGAAAUACAUUCCUGAUUCCAGUCACGUGUUGAAACAUGAAGUUAUCCAGGUGGACAAAGACCUUACUUAUGAGGAAAAGCCUGUCCAAAUUUUGGAUCGAAAGAAUAAGGUCUUAAGAAAUAAAGAAAUACCUUUGGUCAAAGUAUUGUGGAGAAGCCAGGCAAUAGAAGAGGCUACGUGGGAGCGUGAGGAUGAGAUGAAAGCUAAACAUCCCGAUUUAUUCUAGA